AUCUAUUUUUGCAAGUGUUAAAUGUCUUUGCGAGUAUUUAUAGACCAUUAGUUACAUCAAAAUCAUUGCAGGUGCAUCUUUUAUUUUAUUGUGCUAUUAAGUGACUUCGCAAAAAUGGCACUUGAUGAGAAACUAGCUGCUAACUACAAAAAAUUCCAGGCUCCCAAUGGUGUUCCUGUAUUCCUUAAGGGAGGACCAGCUGAUAAGGCUCUGUUUGGCUUGACAAUGGCUCUCUGCGGAUUGGGACUUAUCAAUAUUGUCAAAAUGACAUACGACUUGGGAUUCAAAAAGAAGUCAGGUUAAAUAUGUGCAUAAUGUACCUACAUAUAAUCAUCAUGUAUUAUGUUUAAAAAAAAGACUUCUAUUAAAUAAGAAUAGUGUUUUAAAAAUUUAA